AUGACCUUCAACCGCCCCCGCGGCCGGGACACCUUCUCCGUGGCGUUUGCGAGCCGCCUGCGCAUCGUGCCGCUGACGCAGAUGUCUGACCUCUACGGCCCUAUCGACGUCUCGCUCCUUACUGCAGUCAACGCCGACGACCCGACGAGCAGCGAGGGCAACCCCCUCGAGAAGAAGAAGUACAUGGCAGGCGAUGCACGCGCGCGUAAGGUGGUAGAGGAUAAGCAGCGAGUUGAGGCGACACUGCGCGAAAAGCGCGACUGGCACGUGCUUGUGGUGGACCCCAUUGAGCUGCACAUGGUCCGUACACCGGUGCCGUUUCCGAGUCCGCAUCCAGCGUACUACAACGACUGGACUACCACAGAGGUCAAGGGGCGGUCGUCUUCUCAGGUGCUAGAGCGCCUCCCCACUGCGGAGUUCGGCAUCCCCACGCCAGCGUCACCGUCCGAUACGACUGAGGCAGGCGCUGAGGCCGCAGUUGCUGCUGAUGCUGCUGGCGGUACCGUCGCCAAGGUUGACGCUCCUGAGACACCCGCAUUCUUCUACACCGCAGGCGACCGUCGCCACCUGCAGCAGAACGGUGAUACGACCCUCUUGUCCAGCGCGCAGGUGCGGCAGACGACGCUGGGCAUACCAAGUUCAACCUCCACCGCGACUCAGCCUCUCCAGUGCUCGCCGCACACCAUUCGUCAGCACUUCCACACAGCUGUCUGCGUCGAUCCGGACAUCAGCCACGACCGUUUUCACCGCGAGGAGGCUCAGGUGGAGAUGAUCUCGGCAUACCGCAACAUCCUGUACGAAGCAGUUGAACUGGGGCACGCGCUGUCGUCAUCGUCUGCCGGGAGCAACCUGCGGGGGAGGGCGGCGACGCAGCGGGCGGUGCCAUUUGUGGCCGAUGUGGUACGGGUGCCGGCGCUGUGCCAUUACUCCUGUGGCAGGCGCUUUUUUCACGAGCUGGGAAAGCUGAACCAGCAGGCCGUCAUCAAAGGGUUCCACCGGCUGAGCAACGAGGCUAAGGAGGCGCUCAUCAUGAACCGAAGCUUCACUGUGGAGAUCUACGUGCCACCGAUGCUGCUGGAGCAGUUUGAGCGUGCCUUCCUCGAGGAGCCGUGGGAGGUGCCACUUUCGACGCUGAAUCCCGGACGCACCGCGCUGUACCCGGGCCUGGCACCGCCGCGGACCUUGCUGCAGUACGACGGGUGGAUCGGCAAACGGCCGGAGCUGGUGCAGGGGAUUGCGACGCAGGGGAAGAGCCUCUUGCGCGGUGCGAAGGUCGGACUGGACGGGCGGCUGAUUGAAGAGCACGAGGUACUGGCGAGCCUUCGAGUAUUUGGCGCCCGCGAGGAGCAGCAGCAGAUGUUGGAGGGAGAGCGUCGGACGGCGGCGGAGCAGCUCGGUGUGCCGUUACAGCCAACCUACGCCCCUCUGCACGCUGGCUUGCAGGCGGAGGUGGAGCCCCAUGAGCGCGAUGAGGGCCCCGAAAAGCCUUCCGGAAGCUGCGCUGACGCCGGCCCUGCAGUAGUGGCGACGAGCGCAAGAGAGAGCGCCAAAUGA